GAGAAGCAUCGUGCCGUUUAGGAGCUUUUUACGUAACCUAAUUUGUUUGCCCUUUCACUCGAGGCACGAAUUCGAAGGCGUAGCCCACUCGCAUCCACACCGUCAGCCAUCAGACGGCAACGCUCCUCUCCAGCCUCCACCGUCGAAGGUCGAAGACGUAGCCUCCACUGUCGCCGUCGUCGAAGACAAAGAGGAGGUAUCAGCCAUCAUCGAAAUAAAUUGAAUGCGGUUAUCAUCAUUAUUGGGUUAUUAUUGUAGGCGCUUCUUUGGCUCUAUGUGAUUUUGUUUGCGAAGUGAUUGAGAACCACGCUUUGCAUCUUGAAUGAUAUGGUUACGGCGUGUAUGACUAUGCGGACUUCUCCCUUUUCGAUUCUCUUAGUGAGAUGGGGGUCAAGGCUAAGAAAGCAAUGAAGAAGAGUCUGAAAAAGGCCAAAGCUGCGGUAUCUGUUCCAAGCAAGAAAACAGAGGGCGACUUCUUGCCCUUGGAAGGUGGUCCUGCACGCAAACUUCCUGAACAUAAGUUGCUAGAGAACACAGCCAGUGUGUUAUAUGUAGGUCGGAUACCACAUGGAUUCUAUGAGAAGGAGAUGGAAGGCUUUUUUGGACAAUUUGGUACCAUCAGGAGGUUGAGAAUUGCAAGAAAUAAAAAGACAGGAAAAUCUAAACAUUUUGGCUUCAUACAAUUUGAGUCUCCCGAGGUGGCAAAAAUUGUAGCUGAGACCAUGCACAAUUAUCUGCUACAGGAACAUGUUCUGCAGGUUCAUCUGAUACCUCCAGAGGAUGUUCACCCAAAAUUAUGGAGGGGCUUCAAUUAUCGGUUCAAGCCAUUGGACUCUUCUAAAAUUGAAAGGAUGCGGCUUGGCAAGGAAAGAACAUUGGAAGAGCAACAAAAGUUGGUUGAAAAGAUCAUGAAGCGUAACGAAAAACGACGAAAGAGGAUAGAGGCUGCUGGGAUUGAUUAUGAAUGCCCUGAGAUUGUGGGCACCGUCCAGCCUGGUCCUAAGAAAAUAAAGUUUGAAGACUGAUUCGUCUCAGGCAUGCCAAGUUGAUGGUGGAUCGGACGAACUGGGAAAAUUGAGGUGCCUUGUUAUGUUACUGCUGUGCAUAACUGCAUAUGAUCAGUGACGACAUGCUGCUAUCAGAUUUCAAGAAUUGACCGUCUUCGCACUUAGGAACUGCAAUUUUGAGACUUUAUACACCCAUAAUAUCCGAACUUAGUGCUUUGCUGGCCUCCUUUUUACAAACAGACAUGCUGUUCCGUUGCAGGUCUUGUUAGAAUUUAUAGAAUGUCGAUGCGUGUUCGUUAUGCUUGCCUGGUGUUUUUGUGUGACAAUCAUCAAUAUCAUCUUAUAUAUGAAACUUAAAAAACUAUAUUAUUCUCAAGUUAUAAAUAAUAUGUUUAUGUUACUCUUUCA